CGCCGCGCGUUGGUAUAAAUUUAGGCGCAGAUCGACGGGCAACAACUAUAUAGCGACAAAAUGCGCACUCUUUUCUGUCUCUUGCUGGGUGUGCUACCAUACAUCCUGCGAGCCCAGCUUGACUGCCCUUCGCUGGGAUUUUCGGAUGUUGUGGCCUCUUCAGGUGCGGCCCUUUCGCGAUGUGCUAGAGCUGACGAGCAGUGCUGCACACAAGAGUACAUCGAUUCGGUCCAGGCCGCAGUUGUAGCAGAGCUGCAAGAUGGGCUGGUGGGAGAAUUCGCGGAUGUCAUAGAGGAAUACCAAGACGACGUGGAGAAUCUCAUCGAAUAUUUUAAAAAUCCGUUCCUUGAAAGGCUCGUUGAGAGUUUGCCACCAGCUGCGGCUGACAUGUUUGAUCCGACUAACCAAGAACUUCUUGAAACCGUUAAUGAGCUAUCCAACAACUAUAUAAUUCCUGAAGAUGACGAUGAUGAUGAUGAUGAUGACGAUAAAGACGACAAAAAGAAACGACAAGCAGUAGUUGUUUUCAACCCACGGCAGUUUGUGGAAAGACUUAUUGGUAACGCAGCUGUGGCAGCUUUUAAUAAUAGUAUGGAGGACUGUGUGCGAGAAACUGCUUUGUCUCUUGUGAAUUCCAAUGGGAAUGCUAUUUCGGCAGUCGCCACUCGAAUUCAAACCAUCAGGCAGUCCCUAUCCACACUUAACCGCAUUCAAGCCUUCCUUGAAGUGCAAAGAGGUGCUUUCGUGAAUAACGUUGAUCUGAAACAGUGUGUUUCAAAGUUUAUCGACAUUGCCUUCUGCUCGCGGUGCACGGAGAGUACACCUCCACUCUGCUUCAAUGCCUGCAAUGCUCUACUGCGUGCCUGCUACUCUCCCUACUAUACUGCCCUCAACGAACAAAUUGCUCCCACUGUGGGUGGUUGCUAACAGAAUAGUGGAUAUCGCUGAAGAGGCUGUUGAAAACCUCUUUGAUGAAGAAGGGUCCCUUUUUGAUUUUGAAGAACUUGAGGAACGGGUGGAGCUAGCAUGUACAUCUGACGAGGAGGGGCAAGAGGGAGAGGAGGGAGGGAGAAGAAAAUCAGGAGAGAAGGAAGCGGGAUGAAGAUCAGCCAUCAGAUGGAGACCAAACGAACGGUGAAGAGGAUACUAAACCUGAUGGGGAGGAGGAAGGGAGUGGAGAUUCUGAUGGAAAAGAGGAGGAAGAGAGUGUCAGCGUUGAUACGACAGGAGACAGUGACUCGUCUGAAGAAGCUCUGAAUGAAGAAAAUAGCAAAGGCAUCCCUGAAGGUCUGGCGGAUGAUAUCUCGGAGCUUACAGGAGCCUUUAACUACCGAAUGGAAGGCUUUGAACUUUGUUUAUCUUCUCUCAAUCCAUCAGAAGACUGCUCUGCUCAGCCUACGGUACAAGAAUACUGCAGUGGCACAGAGAUAUGCACUGCCAGGUGCUACUGCACUGCUGGAGACGGUCUCGUGGAUUCUGAUAUUGACGAGUUCCUUCUCAACGAUGUAUACGAUCAAGGUGGCAACCCAGUUGUGCGUGACGAUCAGGACUUCCUGAAUUCACUGAACUCUCAAGCGGCUACUCUGGCCGCUAAUGAUGACCCAGUGGCUGCCUUCUUGCAAUCAAGUGCCUUCACCUCAGUGGCUCCAGAGGGUGCAGAGGGAACCGGGGAGGGGAAUUCUGCAGCAGGUUCUGCAGUGUCUCUUACUCUGCUCUUCUUUGCUCUACUACUUGUUGCCUUUGUGUGAUGUAUAGCUACCGACCACCAAACACCUUUUGUAAUUAUUUAUAACCUUGUGUGAGUGUGUGCACUCGCUAUACCCUUAUCUACCAUUUGUACUGUUUACCAUAAUUCUAUAUUAUGUGCUGGUGCAUUCAAUUUUUCAGCUAUUGUUCUUUAUCGGGGGGUUUCAUGCAAUUUGGUAGGAAACUAGCAGUGAAGUUAGCGUUCUUUAAAAGGUUUUCUUGCCAUUACUAUUGAUCGAAGGGAGGGUGAGCCUUCUCUGUACACGACGUUCAGAAACAUAAUUGAGUUUAGCAAACAGUAGAACUUGCUACAAAAGCUAUUAAACUCUCCUCUCGU